CGGAGCAGAACGCUCUCCAUGCGUGCAUGUAUGAUCCGGCACGCGGAGCGCACACAUCACUAUAUACCAAACGUUGAGUGAAGCGGACGUGUGUUACCCUCCCAGAGUGCUGUGCAUCCCAAAAUCACAACAGUUCCUACAUUUUGUAUUUCGCUGCAGCAAGCGACCGUACUACGCAUCGCGUACGCAUACACGGCAAGUCUUACGACAGCGGCAUUAAAGCUUCCUUCACCCGGAACCUCGUGGGCGUUGCGCACCGACGAAGACGAUUCGAAUUGUGCAAAACACAACCGAGCAAAGGACAGCGAACCGCCGCAUUAGCUAUAUACACAGAACAAUAGAGCGCGCGCGCGCGCAUCAGUGUGUGUGGGUGUGUGCGUACGUGUGUUCGAAAGUGGUCGAGAAAAGACACAACUGUAGCUUAUUUUUUUUAUUUUGGUUUGUUGUUUUAUUGUUGACCGUGUGGUGACCAUCAAUACCAGUGUUGGUGUGUGUGCUUGUCGCUGUUGCUGCAUACGGAGCGAAGGCGAGAACGCCGUAAAACCGACGCAGCAAUAAAAGGAAGAAGCAAAAACCGGGUGCAAUAAAACAUACACACACAUACGACCGGCCACACAUCCCUCAGAGAAAGGCAGCGAGCAGCGCAAAGCAAUAAUAAUGGUCGCCAGCGAGCCCGAGGACGACGUCCAAAAGAAUUCUCCACCUCCCAUGGAGAACAACGAUGACAACGCACCCUCGAAACGCUUCUACCGGCAGCAGGUGUGGACCACGAUGAAAGCCCUCUUCCCGCAGGGUUCGGCCUCGAGCAACUACGUCAACAGAAAGAUACCACUCUUUCCGGCAGCGGAACAGACGGCCGAGCGACUCGCCGAAACCCCCGAAUUCAAACAAGCGACGAACAUUAAGGUGAACAUCGAUAUGGCGCAGGAAGCGGUCAAGCUGCAGGUGCUGAAGGCGAACAAAACGCUCUUCGUCGCGCCGUCGCAAAAGUCCGACUACCUGUACGCGAAGAUCAAGCUGCCGAGCAGUGUGGAGGAGGUGCCGCUCGUCCAACAGAGACGCAUCGUCAAGAUGCUGGCCGGCGAGGACACAUACGAGGAGCUCGGCAUCGAUCAGACCGAACCGCUCGACAUGGUUGUGGUCGGGUGCGUGGCCGUGUCCGAGCGCGGCCAGCGCAUCGGCAAGGGCAACGGGUACGUUGACCUGGAGAUAGCGAUCCUGGUGCAGCUGGGCGUGAUCACGCCGAAGACGGUCAUCGCGACGACGGUGGCGGACGAGCAGGUGUUCAGCGAGCUGCAGGCGGACCUGUUCCAGCCGUACGACUUCACGGUCGAUCUGAUCGUGACGCCGACGCGCGUGAUACGCGUCGAGCCGCGGCCGGAGCCGCGCGCGAUCGGCGUCCAGUGGGGCCUGCUGUCGUCCCGCCGGCUGGACGUGGUGCGCGUGCUGAAGAAGCUGAAGGAGCGCCUGGAGUCGGAGGGCAAGCACAUCGAGCUGAAGGACGAGGACACGGACGUGGAGAGCUUCCGAAAGCGGCGCACGCGCGGCAGCGGAAGCGCCGGCGGCCAGCAGCAGGACCGGCGCCGCCAGUCGAACCGGCGCCGCCGGUCGACGCGCAACAGUGCGGCGGGCGAGGGCGGCAAGAGCGGCAACGAGCAGGACGGUGGUAAUGGCGACGGCGGAAACGAGAGUGGCGAGGGCGGUGGCCCGCGCAUGCGCCGGAAACGGCGCUACUCGCGCAAGCCGCGCCGCUACUCGCGCCGUGACUCGGGCGACUACGGCAGCCCGGACGGGGGCCGAACCGGCGGCGAGGAGGGCGGCGACGGUCAGCAGCACCAGCGGCAACGGCCGCACCCGGGCGGCAAGGGGGGCCGGCUGCGCCCGAACAAUAAGGCGGGCGCCGCGAACGGCACCAACGGGCAGCCGGCGGCGCAGCAGAAGCAGCAGCGGCCACCGCGCCAGCCGAAACCGCAGCUGCAGGACAGUGUGCGCAUCCGCGUGUCGAACAUGUUCUCGGUGCCGUUCAAGGAUUUCAAGGACGAGCUGCGCACGCGGGACUGCUACCCGGCCAAGAUUAGCCAGAGCCGAAAUGGGCGGUGCCUGCUCAUCUUCCCCAAGCGCGACGACCUGGAGGAGCAGGCGCAGGCGGACGAGCUGCUGCAGAAGCUGGCCGAUAUGCGCAUCUCGGUGCCGCAGAAGAACAGUGCCGAGCCGAAGCAGAUCAAGCUGAAGUGCGAGCUGCAGCCCAAGUCGAAGGACUUUGGCGAGAACGAUGCGACCUCGAUCGCGUCCGCCGCGAACCGGGCCGCCCGGAAAGCGAACGACGCCGGCCAGAAGCUGGGCGUGGCCGGUGCCGCCCCACCGGCUGACGGUGCAGAGCAGCAGGGCGAAGAGCCGGCGAACGUGAGCGAGCUGUUGCAGGAGGUGCUGGCGGCGACGCAGCUCGCCGCCCGGGCCGCCAAGGCAGCGAAGGCGGUCGCGGAGAAGGUGCUGCAGGAGUCGCUGGCGGAGGCGGACAGGGAGCCGGCGUCGUCGGAUGAUCCGGACCGAAGCAAAAAACUGCUCGCCCAGAUCGACGAGGUGACCAAAGCCGGUGCGGAAGCGCACGCCGCCGGCCUGAAGGCGGAGGCGGCCGUUGCGGCAGUGGCGCCACCGGCGGCGACGCCGGACGCCGACGGUGCCGAAACGGCGCUGCCAACGAAGGAGCAGGUCCCGGCGAUGGUCAGCGCGACCCAGGAGGUGGCUCGGGCUGCCGCCGCCGUCGCGUACGCCCUCGCCACACUGUUCGAGCUCGUUCCCCCGCCGCCGACCCGGUCCAGCGUGGCCGUCGCCCCGGUCUCGACCGUGGUCCGCCUGUUCCGCUCGCUGCUUCCCGCUAGCGCCAUUAGUAGCAGCAGCAGCACCACCACCACCACCACCACCACCACCACCGCCACCGCCACUACCACCACCGACACCAAUACCACUGCAACCGUGUCUUCUUAAUUUAACGCAGCGACAGGAGGACGAUGGCGUGCAACACUCACCUAAAUGUAUGGCUAGGACAACAAUCACACACACACACACUUACACACAAAGAGAUAAGAUUUUUUGCUCGUUCCAUCCCUUCACUUUUUCCCCUUCUUCCCGGACUGUGAAAUGGACAGGUUUUGCUUACCUUUUUUUCUUCUUCUUUUCCUUCCCUUCCUAUUGUUGGCUUUUCGAUUACACGCAAUUGUCGCACACCAACUCAACCAGUGCGCGUAAAAUAAUAGAUUUAUGUAUUUUACAAUAUAUAUAUUAUACUCAUUUAAAUUCAUAACAUACGCCCUAACCCCGCCUCCUCCACCCCAUUUUCACACCUCGUAUUGUUGGUGUGCAUACCGUGCAUGCGGAUGUGUGUGUGUGUGUGUGUGUGUGUGUGUGUGUGUGUGUGCGUGCGUUUUUUGUCGCCUUAAUUAAGGCGCGCCACGUGACGGCACUUAGUAAUCGCAAUCGAAUCGAGGGCGCAAACUAUUAAUAAUUUGUAUACGCUAAUGUUGGUGUGUCCUUCCAUUUCGCUACAUCCCCGCUACCUUCCCGACUUAAUACUACCACCGUCUCUGGACGCUUCGAUUGUCUGGGUUUGCGCGUUAAUAAUGCUUAUUUUUAUGGUUUUCUUUUUUUUUUUGUGCGCAUUCAAACACACACACACACACACAUACCCACUUACUCUCAAGUUAUGGUUAUAUUGUAACGUCCCUCACCCCUCCCGAGCGGGAGAUAAUUGCGGAAAGGCCUAUAACAUGUAGUAGCUUUGUUGAGAAAGCGAAGGGAAAACCAGAAAGGAAGUAAGUUGCUUCCUGUUUUGUUUUUUUUUUUCUCUCUUCGGUUGGUAUAUUUAAAUCCAAGUCAGACUCGAAAAAUGUUUUCUAUUCCUUUUUUUUCUUUUAAAAUUAUUUAAAAAAAUCGUAGAAACAGAAAUGGUGUCGUGGGGAAAAGGUAGUGGAAGGAAGAACGAGAGCGAAUGGCGCGUACACGAAAAUGCGCACAGUCUUUUCAAACAAGUCACGCUGGCAGACAGGCAGGCAUUAACACGGAGAGGGGGAAACCGAACGAACACUGGGUGGCAGCAGACAGGAAACAUGAAAAAUGAGAUAAACAAUUGUAUAUGAGAAAUCCCUUUGCUCUAAGGAGAUAAACACACACACACACAUACAUACACAUACACUCACACUGUCAUAUUUAUGCGGAAUGAAUUGUAAUGAAUUUUGAAUUUGGAUUAUAAAACGGCAAAUACAUGAAGAAAAACAAACAAACAAACAUGCUCGGGUAUGCAUAGAAUGCAUAUACAGUUCAAGCAAGCGAAAUAGAUGAUAUACCUGUAUGUAAAGUUACACACACUCACACAGUUGAUGGGGAAGGGUGUGAAGGGAGCGCAGAAUAUCUUUCCUGCAUAAAUCCUGUUCCACACUAAAAUAGCAUAAACAUUUAACCUAACGCAAACGAUGUACGAUGUGCGUGCUGCCGAAAAUCUGAAGCGGCCGCCAGGUGGCUCGCACUCCCCCAUUUCAUGAAUCCGCCGUCAAAUAGCUGCGAAUAUGCCCAGCAGUACUGUACGACGACCUUUCAACCCCCUGCUAGCUCUCCCUUUCCGCUGCCGGAUUCUCCUCAGAUAUGCAUCAUGCUCUCCCAGUGUAUAAUGAAGUGGAAUAAAUUUGAAGUCUAACACUCUUUUUCAUAA